CUUCGUUGUGUUGGAGGUUCAGCCUUCCCAGUGAUGAGUGAUUUCGAGGACUCUUUCUUCUCGAGGGUCCCGUUGGGUUGUUGUAGGUAAAUGGUUGAUACAGUCUCCAAGCAUGAAAAUUACAAUGUCUUCUAGCAGACUGGGGCUCCGUUUGGCUGCCUGUUUACUAAACAUUUCUGAAGCCAGAAGAAAAAACGUAGUUGAGAAAAUAGCAAAAGCUGCUCUUUUUGAAGAAAAUGGAAAAGAAUAUCCUGAAGUUACAGUGCUCAAUAUAUUUUCUGAUUAUGAUUAUAACAGAUCAGUUAUAACAAUAGCAGCACCUGUUGAGAAGUUGGUCAACUCUGUACUUGCUGCAUGUGUGGAGGCUUUCCAGGUGAUUGAUAUGGAGGUUCAAGAAGGAAUUCACCCGUGCCUUGGAGCAGUGGACCUCAUUCCCAUCUACCCUCUUUCUGGGAUAGGAGUAGAAGAGUGUGGAAUGGUGGUCAGAAGUUUAGCUGAAAAGCUGACAAUCCAUGUGCCUGGUUGCAGUAUGUUUCUUUUUGGAGAAGCUGACCAGCCUGAGAAACGAAGCCUUGUCCACAGACGGAAGCAGCUUGGCUGGUUCUCUAGGAGGGAGUUCAGUUUUCUUAAGCCUGAUAUAGGAACUAUGCCUAACAAAAGAUGUGGCUUAACAGGUAUUGGUGCUAGCCCCUAUGUGAUGAACUGCAAUGUGACGAUUGACUCUCAAGAUCUGGCUACAGGAAAAAAGAUUGCAAGUGCUAUCAGAGGCUCCAAUGUGGGUGGACUAAAGGGUGUUCAAGCUAUGGCUUUUCCCCAUAAUGGGAAAAUUGAAAUUGCUUGUAAUGUAGAGAGUUUUGAAGAUCCAAAACCUAUGGAAAAAACAGGAUAUAUGACAUAUUGUAUUCUUGGGCAUCAGUAUUCUUAUAUUUCUCCUCAAUCGCUAGAGGCUCAAAUUAAAAAGCUGGCUCAUGAUCAGGGAAUUAGCACCAUUGGAACAGCAUUGGUUGGGUUUACACCUCAGGAGUGUAAAGACUGUGCUGAAUAUGCUCUAAGGGAAAAGAUUGGAGAAUUCUGGAAGAAAAGGGAGGGCAUUUUCAUGUGACUCCAGCAGAUGCUGUUUUUGCAUUAAAGGGAAAGCAUCAACCUCUACCAAACCCUUUCUUCAUUCAGUAAGAAUGAAAAGAAGAUGCCAACGGGGGUUGGAUUGCAGCUGUGAUAGGAAAAUGGUAUCUGUAAAUGUCAACAAAAAAUGGCCUUGUGAUUUUGCUAUGAUUAUUAAGAACACUUAGCUACUGUGUGGUAGUUAUGAAGGAUCUUAGAA